UGUUUUGGAACAACUUGCGAAGGGCAACUUGCAAAAUUUAUUGCGUAUUGUGGAUUGUGUUUUGGGUACGAUACUAGAUCAAAUUUGUUGUCUCUAUUUAAUUAUUGGAACAGAUCUUCAAUUAUAUUACUAUCGAUACUGUGGCUGAAAUUUAAAAAAGUGCGCUCAAGACAGUGAUUAGUUCCUCGUCCUUUGUUUCCUCCAAACUCGCAGUAGAUCAAUAAGCAGUGCUCAAAGAUCGCAUCGACAGGUUAGCGAGAGGAAAAGCAACGUUGGCCAAGCAAGGCGAAUAAAAGUAAAAACCAUGCCAGCUGAUGCAUUUUCAAGGAUGGACUCGUCUGGGUCCGCAGCAGAACCGUCGUCAUCGAGCGAGGCAAAAGACAUUCCGGCCAACAUUGAGGAUGCUAUCCUAAGGGCCCGAACUGAAAGCGAAAGCUCCGAUAAAUCCGGUCCAACUCGAUUCGUCCUACCAGGAACAUCCGGGAGUCCUCCGAAAAUACUCACUCUAGAUGAGGUUCAGGAUGCCGUUAAAAACAUCGAAAAUAUGAGCCUGGCUCACGAAAUUGCCAUCAACAGUGACUUUAAACUGCAACCGUACGAACCUCCGGAAAACUCGCUUGAGCGGAUCAUCAAAGAUACCAUGCACAAGGCCUAUUGGGAAGUGCUUCGGGAGCAGCUAGCUCGUCAACCGCCGUGCUACGAUAUGGCCAUUCAGCUUUUGGCCGAUAUCAAGGAUGCCUUCCAGAGUGUUCUUAGCAAAAACAACGAACGUGCCCUAGCACGAAUCAAUGAAAUUCUCGAUGAAACUGUGAUACGGCAGCAGGCCGAACAAGGUGUACUGGAUUUCCAGAUUUACGCAAAGUUCGUGAUUCAUAUAAUGGCCCUUUCGUGCGCUCCAGUUCGCGAUGAGCAAAUUGCCAAACUAAAAGAUAUCCAAGAUGUUGUAGAACUGUUCCGAGGAAUUUUAGAAGCCCUUCAACUCAUGAAGUUAGACAUGGCCAACUGUUUGUUAGAUGCCGCAAGGAAUGAUGUCAUUGCCAACUCCGUUGAAUAUGAAAAGCAAAAGUUCAAACAAUUUCUCGAACUCUACAAGGAUGGUUUCCCAGAGACACAAAAGUGGCUGAAACGUAAUCAAAUAGCAGCAAACACUGCCCAAGGUGAACAAACGACGACCGGUUCGUCUGCUACUGCUAGCGACACUCAAAAUCGCCGAUCUAAAGACACAAUAUUUAAUGCAUACUUGGAGCUCAUCGAUUGGGACACGGAAAAUGAGUUUCCAGAAAUGUUGGAAAUGGACCGCGACAGGGUCAUCGGUUUACAGACACGAGCUUCUCGUUUAUGCACCUGUGCCUCCACGCUAGCCAUUACAUGUGCUGCCAUACCGUCGAUCGCCCAAGCCGCCGAUCUUCGUCGUAAUCUCGCCAAAGAGCUGGUUAUCCUGCUACAAAACUGCAGCAGCACCAAGGACUUGGAUGACAACAUCGAAAACAUUUGGUUGCACGUGCGAUCGGUGAUUGCUGCGCGGUUGCAGGAGCUUCAUCAAGCGAAGCUGGAAGAAGCAGUGGAAAGUGCGCUGAAAACUCAGAUUCUCCAGAUUGCCAAAAAGGAGUCCCCAGUGCGGAAUCUGAUGUGGAAACGCUUACUGGCCUACAUUCAGUUGGUGCUUAGGACGAACAGUUCCAUUCCAGCGCCACCUGGCUUCCAAGAGUUUGCCGACGAUGUCGAGGGCUUGGCCACGGCUUUCAAGCGUAUUUCCUACUAUAACUAUGCAGUUUACGGAGAGUAUUAUCACGAAAUUUUGAACAAGGUGUAGGAAUGGUGCGUCUUUUAGUAUGAUCUUCCUUGUACAUUUAAUCGUGAUUUGCAUUAUUUGCGUACAGUUAAUCAUUUUUCGUACUGGUCAUUACGAAUGUGGAAAUUAUAUAAAUCAACUUGGUAUUUUAGAACGUUGAGUAAUUUGUGAGAUAGAAAUGUGAUAGAUUGAUAGGUUUUUUUCUUGGAAAGAACGUAUAGGCGAACGGUUGACAAGCAUCUACCUUCUAACAAAGAUGAGCCCUGUUAAAUGAUUGUAUUCAAAUUUGUUUCUGUGUUCAUUUAUUUACGUCAACCUACUUAGGUCGUAGUGCAUACUGGCUUCGGCGUUCAAUUUGAAAAGCAACUUAUAGAAACUUCAAGCUGUUGCUUCUCAUUGACUUGGUUGAUUGUCUUGACAGCAAACCCGAGUGAGUCGGCGCAGCGCUAAGCUAGUUCAAGCUGCCUCUAUUGAACAAGAUUGAUAAUCUGACUUUUACAUAUAUGUGCACUUUUCAAACUAACCAACAAAAUGUCUGUACACAUUCGCCAUACAUUGCAAUGAAUGUAAGAACCAUUUAGUCGUAUAAUCUGAGGCAUCCAUUGCUAAUAUAACCGUACUACGAAGAACAAUAGACGAAUCUAAGUUUUAAAAAAGUCAAUUAGUAGUGUUAACUUAUUUGUCAAAUUUCCUAGGUACCUAACCAGCAUAGUAAGCCAACAAUGUUUCAGUAUGCGAAAAACCUCGAAUACUGAGAUAAAAUACUUUGAAGUUUCAAUUCGUAAUUGUUUUGUAAAAUUAAAAAAAAUCAACUUUUCUUACAUCGUAUAGCAGAUUUUAUUUCACGUUGCCCAUACUUUUACAUUCAUUCUGAAGUUAUCUUUAUAUGCUGUAUACUAUGUAUGUGUCCAGAUUAGCACCAUCAAAUUAUAUUCUUAUUUUUUCUUAGAUUCGUCUAAUUGCUCGAACAAAAGCUAUUUACUCUUGCUCUUUCCGAAUUCUCGAACGUAGAAGUGACUCUUCAAAAAUGUUUGUCAAGUAUUUUUGGCAGACAAACAUAGAAGCACAAUUUUCAAGACCGGAUACCCUACUGUCACUUUCAACCUGAUGUUGGUUUGAGAAUUGUGAUAGAGCCUCAUAUUAGUAAGAAUAUAAAUAAAUUUUACGAUAUAACAA